CUUUUGGGUUUUGUUGUGAUGAAAAUUUCAUUUCAAUGUUUAGUUAAUUUGAUUAGUUUGAUUUAAAUAGUUGAGAAUGUCAACUAAAUCUAAUAAAAGAUUAAAAUUUGGAUUAUUGUUGAUCCUUGUUCUUCAAACAACGGGAUGUGUUCUUCUAUUAAGAUAUUCAAGACACCGGACAAAAGAUUCAUCCAAAAAUUACCUUGUAUCAACAACCGUUGUCUCAUCUGAGAUAAUUAAAGUGUUAACAAGUUUAAUUGUUUUAUUAGCUCAAACAGGAAGCCUGAUGUCAUGUAUGAGAUUGCUUUACAAAGAAAUGAUUCUUAAUCGCCAGGAAUCCUUAAAAUCUGCUGUACCGGCUUUAUCUUACACAGUACAAAAUAAUUUACUCUUCGUGGCAUUGUCUCACCUUGAUUCAGUUACUUAUCAAGUAACUUAUCAGCUGAAAAUUCUGGUGACAGCAAUUUUCUCAGUUUUGAUGUUGAACAAACGUCUCUCUUUACUCCAAUGGGUGUCACUGAUCAUGUUAAUGGCUGGAGUUGUGGCAAUACAGUUACACGAUCCAUCAGCACAAACGAAAUCAUCUGAACGUCAAAAUGAUCUUAUCGGGUUAAUCUGUGUUCUAAUUUCGUGUUUUCUAAGUGGAUUUACUGGUGUUUAUUUUGAGAAAAUUUUAAAAAAAGGAGAUCAAAGUUUAUGGAUUCGAAAUUUCCAGUUAUCUUUUAUCAGUUCAAUUAUCGCCUUGAUUAACGCACUUGUUCAAGAUCAUUCAACAAUUAGUUCACUUGGUUUCUUUCAUGGUUAUGAUUAUCUCACUUGGACUGUUAUCUCAAUUCAUGCAUUCGGUGGUUUUAUCGUUGCAUUUGUAAUGAAAUACGCGGACAAUAUUCUCAAAGGUUUUGCCACUUCCAUUUCAAUUGUCAUUUCGACAUUGAUUUCGUUUUAUUUAUUAGACGAUUUCACACCUCAACCUUAUUUCAUCUAUGGUGCACCCAUGGUAUUAGCCGCUGUUAUCCUUUAUGGUUAUAAAUGAUUCGUUGUUAACAAUUUGAUCAAUUCUGAAACUUCUAAACCAAUUCCAACGUAAUUCCAGCAACAACAAAAAAUGAUCAACCACUUCCCUGAUUCUGUGUAACUUUUACAAUUGAUUAAUUUAUUUAUUUAUUUUGUCAAGAAAUUUCAUUUUUUCAAAUUGGACUUUGAUCAUGUAUACAAAUGAAAACAACAAUCAACUGAUUGAUUGACAUUCGUGAUCAGAAAGGCAGCUCAAAAUACCCAACAACUUAAUGGUAAUUUUUAAAAUGUUUCUAGUCUCAUUGAGUAAAUACAAACUUCAGAUAAUCAUUUAAACAAAAAAAAUUUUUUCGCUACAAUAAAGUGAUACGAGUUAAUUGUAAAUAUAUAAUUACUGACAGAAAUCCCAAUCAAAUACAAAGAUGCCAAUGUGACCAAAUUAAACAACAUCAAUAUUUGUAUCAACAAAUAAACUAAUGAUCAAAUUUUUGCACAACCAAA